AUGUACUGGCACUACAGGAAGACAGUAGAAGAUGACAAGGAAGAGAUGGUGGAUAUCAUACAGAAGAAAGGGAACUGGUAUAGACUGAUCAGAGGAAGUUCCCUCAAAGAGAGCAAUGACAAUGGCGACAACAAAUACAAUGACAAGCGGCGCUACAGCGAGGCGGAGCGGGAGGACGACCCCAACUUCUUCAAGAUGGUGGAGGGCUUCUUCGACCGCGGCGCCGGCAUCGUGGAGGACCAGCUCGUGGAGGGGCUGCGCACGCGGGAGAGCCUGGAGGAGCGCCGCCACCGCGUCCGCGGCAUCCUGCGCAUCAUCAAGCCCUGCAACCACGUGCUCAGCGUCUCCUUCCCUAUCAAGCGUGACAACGGCGAGUGGGAGGUGGUCGAGGGCUACCGGGCGCAGCACAGCCAGCACCGCACCCCCUGCAAGGGAGGUAUUCGUUACAGCAUGGAUGUUAGUGUGGAUGAAGUGAAAGCUUUGGCAUCUCUAAUGACAUACAAAUGUGCUGUGGUUGAUGUGCCAUUUGGCGGAGCAAAAGCUGGUGUUAAGAUCAAUCCUAAAAACUAUACAGACAAUGAGUUGGAAAAAAUCACAAGAAGAUUUACCAUGGAGUUAGCAAAGAAGGGAUUUAUUGGACCUGGUAUUGAUGUACCUGCUCCAGAUAUGAGCACAGGGGAGAGGGAGAUGUCCUGGAUUGCAGAUACCUAUGCCAAUACUAUAGGACACUAUGAUAUUAAUGCUCAUGCUUGUGUCACUGGUAAACCCAUCAGCCAAGGUGGUAUCCAUGGGCGCAUCUCUGCCACUGGCCGUGGUCUCUUUCAUGGAAUUGAAAAUUUUAUCAAUGAAGCAUCAUACAUGAGCAUUUUGGGAAUGACUCCAGGGUUUGGGGAUAAGACAUUUGCUGUUCAGGGAUUUGGUAACGUGGGAUUACAUUCUAUGAGGUAUUUGCAUCGUUUUGGAGCUAAAUGUGUUGCUGUUGGAGAGCAUGAGGGAGCUAUCUGGAAUCCUGAUGGCCUAGACCCAAAGGAACUAGAAGAUUUCAAAUUGCAACAUGGAACAAUCAUUGGCUUCCCGAAAGCACAACCACUUGAAGGCAGCAUCUUGGAAGCAGACUGUGACAUUCUCAUCCCUGCUGCCAGUGAGAAACAGUUGACUAAAGCCAAUGCUCACAAGGUCAAAGCAAAAAUAAUUGCUGAAGGUGCCAACGGACCUACAACCCCUGCAGCUGAUAAAGUCUUCUUGGAGAGGAAUAUAAUGGUCAUUCCUGAUCUUUACUUAAAUGCUGGUGGUGUAACAGUGUCCUACUUUGAGUGGCUGAAAAAUUUGAACCAUGUCAGUUAUGGACGUUUGACUUUUAAGUAUGAAAGGGAUUCGAACUACCAUUUGCUUAUGUCUGUUCAAGAAAGUUUAGAAAGAAAGUUUGGGAAACAUGGAGGAACUAUUCCAGUUGUGCCUACAGCAGAAUUCCAAGAUAGAAUAUCAGGUGCAUCUGAGAAAGACAUUGUUCACUCUGGAUUGGCCUACACCAUGGAGCGUUCUGCCAGGCAAAUCAUGCGCACUGCCAUGAAGUACAACCUGGGUCUGGACCUGAGAACAGCUGCUUACGUCAAUGCAAUUGAAAAAGUUUUCAGGGUGUACAAUGAGGCUGGUCUGACCUUUACAUAAAUGGGUUAUUACCUACCCUUUAUUGAUACCUUGUUCUCCUGCCGUUAUGUACCCUCUUCUUGAAAAAGCUUAUCACAAGUUUACAUGUAACCAUAACUGUUCCCCCUUUCCUCUGAAAUUAGAGUGGAUUCUCAAUUAGUUUCAGUCCAAUCUAGUUUUUAAUAAAGAAAAAUCCAUGAAUUAGGGUGUAUACAAAUAUGUAUCAAAAGAUAACCACUUCAUCUGCACUUGUGGGGGCCAUUCUGGGUAUUUCACCUUGAAAACAAAAAGGUACAUUUAAUGUACAGAUUAGUGGUCUUGGUGCAUGGGCCACCUAUCACAUCCUGUACUAGAUGAGCAAUUGGCUCACUACUACUUUGUGCACUUUUGUUUAAUGAUAUAAUUUUGGCUUUGGCACUUUUAUAAGGCCUUAUAUAAAUAAUGCUGUGGCAUUGUUUAAGGCAGAAUAGGCCUCCUGCAGGGAGUAACUUUAAUAGGAGUCUCUAAUUUUUACUUGUAGCAUAGCUUCAAACCUGUUUCUCUUUUGGCAAUGUUUGUUUUCUUUUUUAUAAACUGUGCUGCUCUUAUAGGACUGCUUUCAAUUGCUUGCUCAGCCUGAACUUGACUCAAGCACCAUAAUAUAGAGAUAAGUGACAGGAGCUGGUAUUUUUAUAAGCUGAAGUAGUAUAAUUGUGUGCGGACAUCAGGCCAACUCUGUUCUGAUAAUGUUUUAAUUAAGUCACUUUACCUAACCUUUCAGUUGCUAGGGGUUUUUUGAGAAUUACUGAAUAUGAUAAGUAUAAUCAUAAACAUGUAGUCCAAAGAACUUUAAACCUUUUCAAAUUCUUUUCAGUGUUCUCAUCUUGAGAGGCUUUCUAAACAUUAGUUAUAUGGCCUCUGUGAACAACUUAAGUGGAUUGUAACCCAGAAACAGGUGGCCCAACUACUACAAAAGAGCAAGACUGCUGCUAUAAAGUUUAGCUGGUGUCUUAAUACACCCUGACUUGUGAUCUUCUUUUUCUCUUCAUUUGGAGGUCUUGCAUAUUCUGAACACUCAAGUACAACUAAGUGAACCUUAAAACAGUAUUGGAUCAAACUUAGUUUUUUGAGGUUUUUGUCAAGGCCUUUGUCCAGUGGAGUCCCAUCAAAGUGCCAGAUGUUAUUUAUGUCAUGAAUAUGAAUGUUUUUUUUUAAAGAAACAAACUAGUCCCUUCCAGAAACUCAUGCUUUUUUUCUAACUACUUUGUAACUGCAUGACAUAACGUGGUGAGAAGAGCAGUUAUUAAAAAAUUGACCUUUGCAAACCUAC